UUUUUCGUGGUUGCCAUGUCAGAUUUGAGUGAAUCAAGUGAAAUUGUCGAAAAUGGCGAUCAAGUGACCAUGUUCGACAGGAAAAAUUAUCAGUCUGACAGCUGGGGUGGACACGCACGUCGAAAUUCGGCCAGCAUGGACGACGGCGAGAAUCAGUUCGUUGUCGAGGACGUGAGUAAGAUCAUCAACGAAACCAUCGAGGCGACCAUCGGCGGUAACAGUUACCAACAGGAGAAGGUGAAUCAGUGGAGUGCCACCGUCUCCGAGCAGUGUCUGAGCGCGCUGAGUAAACUCAAGAAAGCAUUCAAGUACGUCGUCACCUGCAGCAUUAUGCAGAAAACUGGUGCUGGUCUCCAUACAGCUAGCUCCUGUUACUGGGACAGUGCCACUGAUGGCACAUGCACUGUCCGAUGGGAGAACAAGACAAUGUAUUGCAUCGUGUCCGUUUUUGGACUCGCCAUUUAAUCACCCAUCAAAAUGAAGAAGAAGAAAAAAUUUAUCCUCUGUUAUUGUUUAUUUCUUGCAAUUUUGUAAAAUUUAUGUCUACGUGAAAAUGAAAAUAUAUUGGUAAAUUACCUGAA